AUGGCGUUGAAGCACUCGUGGCCAUGGCCGAUCCUCAGAGGCGGCUUAUUGUUACAAUUGUUCGUUGCUGUCAUAUUAUUCGUGUCUUUAUCGCAUGUUAAAGCGGACAUCAAAGUAUCAGAGACAUACUUUGAUAAUAUGCCAUUAAGGUUUUUCUAUUUUGAAGAUUCUUCGGUUGUUAUGUAUCUUAAUGACGAAGGCACAGUAUUACGCUCGGAGGAUGAAGGUGCCAGUUGGAAUAUAGUUAAUGACGUACCUGAGGGUGUUGCUUCGACUUUGAUCCAACAUCCAUUCGCGAAAAACAACGCAUAUGUCAUAACGGGAAGUAAAACGCACUACAAAACAACUGAUAGCGGGAAAUCAUGGAAGCCGUUCGACACGCCUGUGGAACCAUCUAAGAGGAAUACUGUUCUAUCGUUCCACGCUCAAAGGGAUGAAUACAUAUUAUUUAGAGGAACGAAAUGUGUUGGAGGUGAUUGUGAUGAUGAGACAUAUUAUUCAAUAGAUAACUUGAUCUCGUUGCAUUUCCUUCUCGCCCAUACUGAUAAGUGCAUUUGGGUAAUGGCAACCAGAGAUUCUGAUGAGGCACCGCCAAAAACCAUCCUCUGCAUAGAAUAUCAACAGCCUAUUGGCAGGCUUCGUGAAUUUUCUGAUUACCAUUUAGUACGCUUUAAAGACGAAUCUUCCCCUAAAGAACGUGUAAACUUUGGACAAUUGAAUGAAGUUAACGGUGUCCUUGGACUAGGAGUUGUAAAGAAAUAUGUAAUUGCAGCGGUGAAAAACCCUGGCUCAUCAAAGAUGACUAUGUUCAUAAGUGAGGACGGUAUGGAUUGGGAUAAGGCACUGUUUCCACAUACUGUUGGAUUUGAGGAAAAUGCGUACACUAUACAGGAAUCUUCAACGUAUCAGUUGGUAGUAGAUGUACUUUCAGCAACAUCAUUAGAUAGCUAUUCCUCCAUGGGCACCCUGUUUAGGUCGAAUUCUCACGGUAAUAGAUUCAUGUACUCGUUAAACCAUACUAAUAGAAACAUGGAAGGGCUGGUCGAUUAUGAAAAAGUACAAGGAGUAGAGGGAAUUGUACUAGCAAAUAUUGUUGCGAAUUGGGAGAAAGUUGCAGCUGGUGGUGUAAUUGCUAAACAACUUCAAACCAAAAUCUCAUUCGACGACGGUGCAAAUUGGCGAUAUAUUCCUCCUCCGAAGGAUAAGUCAUUUUCUUGCAAUACGGAUACUGCAACGGGAAAAUGCGCACUACAUCUCCAUUCUGUUACUAGUCCGCAUAAUUUUGGACGCGUCUUCUCAUCACCUGGCGCACCCGGAGUAUUAUUGGGAGUCGGUAGUGUUGGUUCUUUUUUGCUACCUUACGAAGAUUGUGAUACAUUUUUAUCAUACGACGGUGGGUUGAAUUGGCAGUUUGCAGCGGAAGGGGCCCAUAAAUAUGAAAUAGGAGAUAUGGGUUCACUACUUGUGCUCGUUGACGAUGAGAAUCCAACUUCAGAGAUUAAAUAUAGCAGCGACCAUGGAAAGACUUGGCAAAGCCGUAGCAUUAACCAGAAAGUUCGAGUGAGGAUGCUUACAACCGAUCCAGAAUCAACUUCUGCCAAAUUCUUGCUCUUCGGGUCUGUCGUUGAUCGAACCAGUAAACGCCCAUACGUUAUGAUCCAGUUUGAUUUUUCUGAUUUAUAUCGAAAGUGUGACGAGAAUGACUUUGAAGAGUGGUAUGCGAGGAAUAAUGUUGACGGGAACGGACCUGAUUGUCUAAUGGGUAGAAAGACGCACUACAAGCGACGUAAAGCCGAUGCACAGUGUCUCGUCGAACAGCCAUUUAAGGAUCCUCCACGUGAGGACGUCACCUGCGCGUGUACCGACGAAGAUUAUGAGUGUGAUUUUAAUCAUGUGCUUGAUUCCAAUAACAGAUGCAUUCUUGUUGGGCCACCGGACAUCCCAAAGGGUCAAUGUAAGGGGGCUGACAAGACUUAUCAGGCCUCUCCAGGAUGGGCUAAAAUUCCCGGAGAUGUCUGCGAUGGCGGUAUAACCAAAGACAGUCCUAUUGUAAAACCGUGUCCUGACCCUGGUGAAAGCCCAAUCGGAGAGGAGAAGAUCGUCACGACUAAAAUCGAUCGAAUUUUUGACAAGUUCUUUUACUUCAAAUCGUCUACAGUUAUCAUGGCCAGAACUUAUGAUGGCGAAGUACUGCGAAGCGAAGACGACGGCUCUACUUGGGAACGUGUGACUAAACUCGAUAAGAUAUCCUACAUGUUUAUGGAUAACCACGACGAUGACAUAGCUUAUUUCUUCCCUGUCGCACCGGACAGCGACAUAGUCUAUUACACUAACGAUCAGGGUAAAACGAUAAAGGAAGUUAAACUUCCCGGUAAACCAAAUAAAAUCGGCAUUGAACUGUUGAAUUUCCAUCCUUCUGAAGACGAUUGGCUAUUGUUCAUAGCCGAAAAUACCGAUCCCGUAUACCAUACAGUCGCUUAUCUAACCAAAGAUAAUGGUGGACAUUGGGAGGAGAUUGAGACUUGGGUUGAGAAAUGUAUAUUUGGCAGUUCUGAAGAUAAUACGAUCGACAAGGAAGUGAUAUUUUGCUCAUCUUACGCCAAUAAAAAGUCACAGAUUAGACAAGAUCUCUUAGGUGGACGCUCGUCUGCUGGAAAUGUGUUGCAGUUAGUUAGCGUAAAAGGAAAAAAGAUUGAACCACUGUUGAAUGACGUAAUAGAGUUCUUUAUGUUUAGUGAAUUUCUGGCUGUUGCAGUGAAUGGUGUAGACUUCAAACCGGCUGCUUUCCCGCCUGAAAUUCAUGUCAAGAAAGAGGCGUACACGAUCCUUCAAUCGACUACGGGCGCAGUAUUUCUAGAUGCUUUUCGAUCCACUAAAUUCGGAUCAGAAUAUGGCGUUCUAUUUAAAUCCGAUGGAGAUGGCACAUCCUAUUCUCUCAGCAUGAAUUUCACUAAUCGUAAUAGCUACGGAAUUGUAGAUUAUGAAAAAGUGCAAGGAAAAGGAUUGGAGGGUAUUAUUUUGGUCAAUCAAGUUAGUAACCCGGAUGAAUUAAUUGGUGAUGUUAAAAAGAAGAUUAUUACGAAAAUCAGUCGUGAUGACGGUGCAACUUGGGAGCGCAUUCCUGGUCCCAGAUCCUCGUGUUCAAACGAUUGUUACUUAAACUUACACAGCCGUACCGAAAUCUCUGGCCCUGGCGCAAUCUUCAGUGCUUCAUCUGCUGUAGGUCUUUUAAUGGGUGUCGGCAAUGUCGGACCAUAUCUACUUCCAUACACCGAAAGUGAAACAUAUCUCAGCAAAGACGCCGGUCAUACUUGGGUAAAAGUUAGAGCAGGCGAAAGUUUGUAUGAAUUUGGGGAUCAAGGCACGAUUAUCGUUAUCGUCGACGAUGAGGGACCCACAAAAGAAAUCUUGUACAGUUGGAAUUAUGGCGAGAAGUGGACGACAUACCAAUUCUCAGACGAGCCGGUUCGGGUGACUCUUUUAACAACUAAUCCUAAAUCAACGAGUCUUAAGUUUAUUUUGAUGGGGACUUCACGUAAAUCGGAUAGUUUUGCGCCAGUGGUUUAUACUAUCGAUUUCUCCGGAAUGGAACCGAGAAGAUGCAAACUUGACGAUAAUCUAUCUGACAGUGAUUUCGAGUUGUGGAGCCCAUUGGGGAAUACUGAAGAAUGUCUAUUAGGAAAAAAGACAAAAUAUUAUCGACGCAAAUCUAACCGUCACUGCAAGAUCGAUCAUCAGACAGAGCUAAACACGAAAGUAGAAAAAUGUCCAUGUCAAGAUAAGGAUUUCGAAUGUGCGCAUAACUACUGGCGAAAUAGUGAAGGCAAAUGCGAGUUAUACGGAUAUGAUUACGAUCGUCCUGAAAACUGUGAGAAGGAUUAUCAGGGAAGUUCUGGUUAUCGCAAGAUAUCGAAAACCGUAUGCGAGGGCGGUAAAAAUCUUGAAGGAAAUGUUACAAAACCUUGCGGCGAUCAUGCCGGUAUAAUUGUGAAGCAGCAAAUUUUCGAUUCACGUAUGGCAGAAUAUUUCUAUUUUGAAGGAAACGAUAUCAUUAUCAUGCGUACCACAGAUGGCAAAGUUUUCCUAACAGAAAACCAAGGCUACACCUGGGAUGAAAAAGUUGAACAAGUAUCGAUAAACAGAAUAGCUCAACAUCUGUAUGACAAAAAGCGAGCUUAUUUCAUCUCACUGUCGAAAUCACUCUAUUACACAAAGGACAUGGGAAGUACGAUCGAUGUGAUUACGCUUCCAGCAGAGCCAAAUACGCUGAAUGUCCCUGUACUUGCAUUCCAUCCGACGCAACACGAUUGGCUAAUUUUCAUUGGGCAAGAAAAAUGCGACAAUAUACUCUCACCAGAGUGUCAUACUGUAGCAUAUUACUCACUAAAUCAUGGUGCGAAUUGGAACCAGUUUGAUACUUAUGUUGGCACUUGUAUAUUUGCUCCCGAGGCAUUCAAAGUACGAGAUAUGGUAUUCUGCGAGUCGUAUCGUGAGAAAACGGGAUCGCAACGUAACUUUGGGAAUACACUGCAGCUCGUAUCAUUCACUUCAUUUGCAAACAAGAAAGUUAUUACUCAGAAUAUAGUUGGAAUUGCAACAGUGGAGGAGUAUAUGAUCGUUGCUGAAUUAGUUGAAGAUGGUCAGAGUCUUCGACUGUUGGUUACUGUUGAUGGAAAGCAGUUGGCUCCAGCAGAUUUUCCACCUAAUAUGAAAAUGACCCGUCAUGCUUUCACAAUUCUCGAAUCAAAGACACACUCUAUCAUGCUCCAUGUGACAACAGAAUCACGUCGUCAGAACGAAUGGGGUAACAUACUUAAAUCCAAUUCUAACGGCACCUAUUACAGACUAUCUCUCCCAUACGUCAAGCGAGAUGAACGCGGAUAUGUCGACUUUGACAGGAUGCAGGGAAUUCAAGGAAUUGCUCUUGCGAAUAUUGUCAAAAAUCCUGAUGAAGUUAAUCUAGGGGCAGAAAAACAGAUCUCCAGUAAAAUUACAUACAAUGAUGGCGGAGAUUGGCAUGAUAUCAAAGGUCCCGAAUUAGAUUCUAAUCGAAGGAAAUAUGAUUGCAAGGGUGAAUGUAAUCUUCAUCUACACAGCUUUACAGAGUGGAGAGAUCCGCGUGACACUUUCAGCGCUUCAUCAGCAGUCGGUCUAAUGAUGGGUGUUGGCAACGUUGGCGGUUACCUAACUCGAUAUGAAGACGGUGACACGUUCUUAACGCGUGAUGGAGGCGUUACAUGGGAAGAAGUUAAAAAAGGCGCUCAUCUACAUGAAAUUGGUGACCAAGGUGCUAUUCUAGUCGUUGUAGACGAUGAACAAGCUACAGAUAAAGUAUGGUAUUCAUUUGAUGAGGGCGCAUCGUGGCAUUCGUUGAUCAUUACAUCGAAUGGUGAGCGUGUUAGAGUGAAAGACAUUGCUACCGUCCCUGGCGGUACAAGCAGGAGAUUCCUACUAUGGGGUCAUGUGAUUGGAGAAUUUAGUAAAGAGAUAGCGGUGCAUCUUGAUUUUGCUGGAUUGCUUGGACGGAAGUGUGAAUUAGAUAUCAAGAAUGCUGACAAUGAUGACUUUGAGCUUUGGACUUUGAAACGACCAAACGGCGAAUCUUGUGUGUUUGGUAAAGAAGUGAAGUACAACAGAAGGAUACGUAAUCGUAAGUGCUAUGUUGGAAGCGAAAUCGUACAACCAAAGGAGGUAGUCAAGAAUUGCACAUGUACAGAAUAUGACUUCGAAUGGCAAGUAGAAAGUGUUGAGUACAAUUACGUUCGUAAUCCUGAGACCAAUAAGUGCGAGUUAGCACCAGGCACUCUCCCAAUAGUCAUUGAUAUGAAAGAACAAUGCGCCAAGUCAGACUAUUAUUACGACAAAGUAACAGGUUAUCGCAAGAUUCCCAUUUCGCAAUGUGAAGGUGGUCUAGAUAAACAAGGUGCACGCAGACGAUGCCCAGGAAAAGGUUACUCUGCAGGCACAUGGUUCCUGAUUAUCCUUUCGCCAUUUAUUGCUGCUGGCGCAUUCUUAGCGUUCGUACUCUAUAAACGACGUGGAAGAUAUUCUUCGUAUGGCCAAAUAAGACUAGGAGACACGCCCGGUUCCAGCUUGCUUGAAUAUAUAUAUAUAGUUCCUAUCACGAUUCUCGAUUUUAUAUUGUCAAUCCGUAUACCUGAUUUCAUCUCUCGUCGUAUGCCCGACAUCUCGCUAUUUGGUUUUGGUGGGGAACGGCCGCGUACCAGACAUCAAUAUACACCAGUAGCGCAGGACGAGGACCCACAUGAAGUAUUAAUGGAUGAUUACGAGAAUGAUUCAGUACAUGAAUAA